ACAAUAAUCCACCAACAUUGUCACUGAAGAAUGAAGAUUUAAAUGCAUUUGACCAGUGGGUUGUCAAUGAAAGAGUUCAAAACACACUUGAAGUUUUGACACAAGAUGAUGAUGGUGAUUCGGUCUAUCUUGAGAUUCUAGAUAAGCCUACGGGAGUGUUUGUGAAAAAUAAGAGUAUCAUUUACACGGCUGAUUCCAGUUUGCCUAUGAAACUGGGGUGAGUGAUGCACAUAAUACAAUUGUUUAUAGUGAAAUUGUUUACACCACUCAUAGAAUUUAAUAGAAAAUUUUUUUAAUGUAUUUCAUAUUUUUACAAAUUUAUUGGAACGUAAUUUUCUAAUUUAUUAACAAAUGGAGUACAUUGGGAACAAUUCUUAAAAAAACGAAUUGGUUAACAUUUCAAGUAGAAGCCUAAUAUUUAUCAUAGGUCUCAUAAUAGGUGUAUUAGUUAAAAAAUAAUGCUAUUGUCUGGCACACAUUUAAUUUAUCCAUAUAUUAGCUAAAGUGAUGUUUCUUUUUUGCUCUGCUGUGCGAAGUGUUAAUACAACUCAUACUUAUCAACGAUUGUAAAGUAAACAUGUUUUUUUUUUCAUUCAUAGAAAAAGCUUUAAUUGAUAAUAUAUCUUGUGUGUGUGUGUGUGAAUUCUUUUUUUAAGUGUUUUAUUGAAAAAACAUGUUGCUUAUGACUGAAAACUAUUAACUUCAACAGAAAAUGUAGCUUUGAAAAAUAGUUUAAGCAUAAAAUGAUUUUAAAUUCUUAAAAAAUCAAUGCUAGACUUAAAUAUAUUUUUUUUUUACAGGGAUGUCUAAAAAAUUGUGUGUCUUUAUCUAACUCAGAUCACAACAGCAUUUUUAAUUUCUAAAAUUGAUGCUAAUUUUAAACAAUUACACCAGACCAAGUCAUAAAAUCAUUAAUAAUUUAUUAGUUUACUUUAGUAGUAAGCUCCUAUUUAUUAAAACUUAAUUCAGGAAAACUCACUUUCCAGGUUCAUUCUUUAAUUUACUUGGCUUUAUUUGGCUUUAUAUUAAAAUUUGAAUUCAACAUCUAAAACUGUUUUAUGACUUUUCCCUAUUUUCCAGUCAAUAAUUUGCAUAAAUAAAUAAAUAUAACUUAAUGUAGGCAGUAUCAGUAUGGACAGUUGUGUUGGGGUUAAAAAUUAUAUAUGGUUUUCCUCAUAACAUUCUUAAUUUCACUCAAGAAAGUUUUAUGCCAAAGUUCUUAUGUAAAAAAUUUCAAAACUUAAAUAUUGAAAUGAGGGGUGAUAAUAAAUAAAAUGGAUCUGUUAGACACUUAUUUAUUUUCACUCUUUCAGCCCAUUUAUAUAGUUGUGCUUGAAGGUAAAAUAUUUGCUCUGCUUAUAUGGGAAGGGAGCAGGACAUAGAAAAGCCUGGCAUUUCUGUAACACAGUGAAAAUAUAAGUACCGGGCAUGAGAAAUUUAAACUCUAUACCGGUAUUUAAAUCUAUAGCUUAUUGAAGGGAAGAAACUAUUCAAAUUUUAGUAAUGUGCUAUUGAAAAUGUUGUACUUGACCAUGGCAUUGUAGUUACUUUUGAAAGAGAAGAAUAUUUCUUAUAACAUUAAAAAUAAAAGAAAUGUCUGUUUAAUUUUAUUUUUGUAAAUGUUUAUUGUAACUUCUUUAUCCAUAGACUAAGAGCUAAAGACUCCAAAGGUGCUUACAGCCCUAUAGUGUAUGUAUACAUUGCUGUUUGUACUAGCUGUAAUGGACAUGGAAGGUGCACAAACACCACAAGAGACAUUGAAUAUUUUAAUGGAUAUUUUCAGAUCUUUAAAUGUAGCUGUUACCCAGCCUAUACAGGUAAUGUUACCCCGUGAAAACUUUGCGGGUAGUGUUAAACAUCAAUUAUAAAUUUAUUUUUAAAAGUUUAGGUGGAAUCAGUAACUCAGUGAUUAUAUUUUUUUAAUGAAAUAUUUAUGACCCAACCGGUAUGUAAAAUGCAAAAUAUUAAUUAUGAUUGUGUCUUUCUCUGUAACAAGGAACAGUUUUGUCACAUAGAUUAAUUCAUGUAGCCUUGAACCUUUUCCACUGUGGCUUUCAGGCCAAAGAGCAUUUGCCAAAAAAAAUUUAAUCAGAGAGCGUGUUUGUUAUUGUGCAUGAAAUAUAUAUUUUUCUAUUUAUAUUCAAUUACAAUGUUAACUCAUAACUACUUUGAAGAAUGUUUACUAAUUGAUAGGUGCUGACUGUGAGUUAGAGUUGGACGCUUGCGCAAGUAAACCAUGUUCUGUAGGACAGGAAUGUACAGACCUGACAGCAGCUCAGCAAGGAAAUAAUCUCACAGGAUAUUUGUGUGGAAAUUGUCCUGAUGGGUAUAAUAGAUCCAAUGCUACUGAAAAUUGUUUUGGUGAGCAGAGUCCUUUUAGUGUGAAAAUUUAAUUACUUAUGAAUCAAAUAUAGCACAGUAUUUUCUUUUUAUGAUUCAUCUUGUCUUUAAUGUGGUGCAAUGUUAACAUUGCAUGUUGUGCCUUUUAAAAGUAUGAAAGAUAUUUUUGGGAUAAACAAUUCUUUGAAUAUAACAAGUCAACCAGCUAAGUUCACAAAUGAUAGCCAACUUGGGGUUGGACUGAAUAUUAGCUUUUAAUAUCAAAAUAAUCUUACUAAUCCAGAACGUUAAACAAUUAUAUAUCUAAAAACUGAAAUAAUAUAGCUAAUCUCAUUUAUCAUUUUUAUCCAGUAACUAUAAGGACAUGUUCCAUUCAACAGCAGAAUAUGGGAAAUAUCUUGUUAUAUCAAAUCUAAUUUAAUGUCACAGAUAUUGAUGAAUGUACAAACAAAAACAAUGGGUGUCAACACAAUUGUACCAAUACCAUUGGGUCCUACCAGUGUAGCUGUAGAGAUGGUUAUAGACUUGAUCUGUCUGACAGGAAAACUUGCAAUGGUAAUGUAAACAUAUUUUAUUACUGUAUUUGAGUUGAAUUUAUUACCAAUUAAUAAUUGCUUCAAAAAUAAAGAUCCUCUUUUCCAGGUUUGAUAUUUUUUUUUAUUAUGAAAAUGUUAUUACAAAAUUUGAAUGAUUUAUCUUGUUUCAGACAUAAAUGAAUGUGAAGAACAGACAGCACGAUGUCAACACAAAUGUAAAAACACAGAAGGCAGCUACAACUGUUCCUGUUUUGAAGGCUAUUUGCUCAAAUCUAAUGGCUACAAUUGUGAACUA